UUACCCGUCCUCGCCUCAGCCUGACGCCGUCUCCAUGGUAUUCCAACAUGGCAGCCCACGGAAGACACCCUGUUUUGUCUUCCACACCUCUGCAGAUCCUGUUUUAUUUAAAUGGCUGGUAUUUUGCUGCCUUCUUUAUUGCUGAGAUACUAAUGUUUAUUUAUAAAGGGGUGUUGCUGCCAUAUCCUCAAGCAAAUCUUAUACUGGAUAUUGCUCUGUUGCUGAUCUUUCUUGGCCUUGAAACCCUGCGACUCUUUUAUGGUUGGAAAGGAAACCUGUGUGAGAGAACUCUGACUCUAACAGUUAGUGUUGGUGUUCUGGUGCCCUGCACGGUGUUAAGUGUCUACUUUUUGCUCCUGCAGACUUUUAUUCUGCGUUUUGAAUUCAUUCUUAAUGCUGUCUUGCUCUGUUUCUACGGCUUGGAGCUGAUUCUGGCUCUGAUGACCAUUGCAGCUUUUUCCAGGGCCAGUGGGUAUUAAGAGCGUGAACAUGAGGAAUUAUUUCAUAUGCCCUGAAUUUGCUGCACAUCAGUGGUAUACAGUUUACUUAUAUUGCUUAGAUGCAGACUACAAAUAGUUACUGUUAUUAGACAAGUAAUGAAAAAAAUAUUAAUAUUCAAUCACUUCAGUACAUUUUUUCUGACUAUUAAAAUGACCUGUUUUGUAUUUUUAUAUCACCAAAUGCCUUUUAAAUAUUUAAAUAAAUGUAAGAGUUUUGUUAUAAACA